CCAACUAACGUCUCAGAGUUGAAGUCUUUUCUCGGUAUGGUUAAUUUCUAUGGAAAAUUCAUUAAGAAUUUGAGUACUCAUAUUACACCACUUUACGAAUUACUUAAGAAAGGUAAACAUUGGCAAUGGACUAAAACACAUAGAUAUGUGUUCAAUAAAAUUAAACAACUUCUAUGUAGUACUGAAGUAUUGACACACUUUGACAUAUCGCUGGAGAGCAUAGUAACAUGCGACGCGAGCGCACGCGGGCUGGGGGCCGUGCUGGCACAGCGCGCGUCUGACGGCAGCGAGCGGGUUGUGGCGUACGCAUCGCGGGCGCUCACUGCCGCGGAGUUACACUACAGCCAGAUACAUAAAGAAGCCUUGGCUAUAAUUUUCGCGGUAGACAAGUUUCAUCAGUAUCUUUAUGGCAGAAAGUUUACACUACGUACAGAUCAUAAACCGCUGGUCACAAUUUUUGGGCCCCAUGCAGGAAUACCGAACACGGCGGCGAGUCGUUUACAGCGGUGGGCCAUUAAACUAUCAGCUUACGAUUUUAAUAUAGAGUACAUUCGAUCAGAUAAAAACACGGCAGAUAUUUUGUCUAGGUUAAUUAGCACUCAUAAAGAAGGGGUUAUUAGUGAAGAAUUAGACACACCUGAACAAACGUAUUUACACUUUGCCGCGGAAGCAUUGUUAUUAGAUUAUCAAACGUUAAAAAAAGAAACCGUUUCGGAUAGUGUAUUGAGCAGAGUAGCCAGAUAUAUAAACGAUGGCUGGCCGGUCGAGGUCGAAAUGAAAGAAUUAAAACCAUAUUUUAACCGUAGAAAGGAAUUAUAUAUUGAGCUAGGGUGUGUAAUGUGGGGACAUAGGCUAGUAAUUCCUAGUACGUGUAGGAAUAAAGUGAUCGCUGAGCUUCAUGAGAGUCACAUGGGCAUAGUCAAAACUAAAUCGUUAGCGCGAAGUUACGUAUGGUGGCCGGGAAUAGACGAGGCACUAGAGACAGCAUGUUGCAGCUGCACCGUGUGCGCUGAAGUGGCGGACGCACCACCUGCGCAUGCGCCCCGCGCCUGGCCGUGGCCAGAUCGACCGUGGACCAGGAUACACGUAGACUUCUUAGGACCGGUAGCCGGUCUUACUUAUCUAGUGGUAGUCGAUGCACAUUCAAAGUGGAUUGAAGCUAUUAGAAUGCUGAGCACCACAUCGCAAGCGGUAAUAAAAGAAUUACGAGAGAUGUGGGCGAGAUUUGGGUUACCUAAACAAUUGGUUAGUGAUAAUGGCCCUCCGUUUUUCAGUGGAGAAUUUCAGCAAUUCUUAAAUAAUAAUGGUAUAGAACAUAUAUUUUCGGCACCUUAUCACCCAGCUUCUAAUGGGGCAGCGGAAAACGCUGUUAAAAUUUGUAAAAAGAGCAUUAAAAAGGCGAUUAAAUCGAAAUCCGACGUACACUCCACAUUGUGUCGUUUUCUGCUGGCGUACAGAAACACACCACACUAUACAACCGGGGAAAGCCCCGCCAAGAUGUUAUUAGGGCGCAACUUGCGCAUGCGGUUAGAUUGUUUGAAACCAGACCAGAAGGCACUUAUUAGAGCUCGCCAAGAGACAGUAGAAGCUACAUCGAGUGGCGUCACAAGACAGUUUAAUCCGGGGGACCUUGUAUGGUUCAGAGAAUACCGUAGCUCAAACAAGUGGUCUGCAGGGACUGUUAUAGAGAAAACAGGUAGUACAGAUUAUAAUGUUAAAUCUAUCCACGGCACUGAGGUGCAUAGACACAUUGACCAACUAAAACCAAGAGUGAUAAAUAGGACAGCUAGGCUAGUAGAUGCAAACUUUAGGAACUUUCAACCAGUUCAGCCUGUUAAGAGCUCUCGCUCUUCUCUCGUGUUUCCUUCGGACAAUAAUCGAGCGCCGAACACAGAACCGGACCGGACAAACGGAACCAGCUUGACGAAAGCAUUGGUCGAGGAAACAUCCCGCACGCAAACAGACGGAAGUGAUUUGGUUACAAGUGAACCCUUGUCAACGUCAAGUGUACCUUUAAAUAUGCCCAAGGUGCAGGAGACGGGUAGUCCUAGGGUUCCUAUUACUCGGGAUAUACGAACUAGUAAUCGUACACGCAAACCGGUUAAGAGAUAUGGGUUUGAUGAUGAUUGAAGUAAGAAAAUAUAUUAUAAGAUUGUUAAGAUUAUUAUUGAUAUGUUGUUUAAUAUAAUUUAGUAAGUAAGUUU